AUGAAAUUGGCAUCAAAAAUUAAUUCAUUAUCUCGUUUAAAACUUAUUAAACUUGCAAAAUUCUUGUCAAUUCUUACGAUUUUAUGGAAUGUAAUUGAAGGGUUAGCCUCGGUUUUUUUCGGUGCACAACAUGAUUCAGUCAGUUUAUUUUAUUUUGGUUUUAGUUCCUUCAUUGAAAUUGCAUAUUCAUGUACGGUGUUAUGGAGAUUUUUGAAAGAGUCAGCUUCUCGUAAAAAAUUUUCUACCAAAAAGUUAAUAGUUAUUGAAAGAAGGGCAACAAUUAUAAUCGGUAUAUUGUUUAUUUUACUUGCCAUUGAAACAAUUGCGGCCGCAAUUUAUACUUUAGUAAAAAAAGGAAGACCUGAUACAGCUUUUGCGGGUUUAGGCAUUUCAUCUAUUUCAAUCCUUUUUUUGUCUUUUCUUUGGUAUUUAAAAUUAUUAGUUGCUAAACGACUUAAUUCUUCAACAAUGAUGUCUGAUGCUAAAUGUACUCUAUCAUGGAUUAAAAUUACCCUUGUUAUAUUUUUUGGUAGCUUUAUCUACGCUAUUUGGAGAGGUGGUUGGUGGAUAGAUUCUACUUCUGCUUUAGUUUUAGGUUUAUUUUUUGCAAAAGGAGGAAUACAGAUGAUUCUUUGGGCGAAGAAUAAAGAUUUCGAUGGUGGUUAUUAUAGUAUUCUUACAAUGCCAUCUGAAGAUAAUAUCACAAUAUCAUCGGAAAAAUUUAUUGAAGAUAAUAUCACUUUAUCAUCUGAAAAAAUUGCUGAAGAUAAUGUCACAAUAUCAUCUAGUUAUGGGAUUAUUAAAGAUUCUAGCGACAAAGAUGAUAAUAUCACAAUAUCAUCUGAAAUAAUAGCUGAAGAUAAUAGUUAUGGGAUUAUUAAUGAUUCUAAUGAUUCUAAUAACAAAAAUGGUAAUAUCACAAUAACAAUAUCAUCUGAAAUAAUAGCUGAAGAUAAUAGUUAUGGGAUUAUUAAUGAUUAUAAUAACAUAGAAGAUAAUAACACAAUAUUAUCUGAAAAUAUAGCUGAAGAUAGUGGGAUUAUUAAUGGUUCUAAUAAAAAAGAUGAUGAUAACACAAUAUCAUCUGAAAAUAUAGCUGAAGAUAGUGGGAUUAUUAAUGGUUCUAAUAACAAAGAAGAUGAUAUCACAAUAUCAUCUGAAAAUAUAGCUGAAAAUAUAGCUGAAGAUAAUGGGAUUAUCAAUGGUUCUAACAACAAAGAAGAUGAUAUCACAAUAUCAUCUGAAAAUAUAGCUGAAAAUAUAGCUGAAGAUAAUGGGACUAUUAAUGAUUCUAAUGACAAAGAAGGUAAUACCUCAAUAUCGUCUGAAAAAAUUGCUGAAGAUAAUAUUAAUUAG